AUGCGACGUUUCGGAUCUGUGCAGCAAAAGAUACCUUGUGUGUUUCUGACUGAGGUGAAAGAGGAACAGUCCAGAAAACGCGAAUGUCAGGUGAGUGUCUAUGAGUAACUGCAGUUAGCAGCUAACGUUUGAUAGCUUAGCUAACUAGUUAGCGUACGCCAGCUAAAAUAACUCAAAUUAACAGUCAUAGUAUAUCCUAAAUACUACUGUAUACAUGAAUGGUUUUGUAGAUUAAUUUUGUAUUUGUUUUCCUAAUAGCUAGUAGCUACGUUUCGUUAUCAUUCUUACUCUGCACCAUAGUUAGGCGGAUACUAAGCUAAUGCUAACUAGCUAAUUAUGUCAACACAGCAGCAGUUGAUUGGUUAGUGGUGCGGUCUGAUGAUGCCCCAUUGAAUGAAAGCCAGGGCGAUGUUCAGUACGGGAACGUUGAAGAUAGAAAAGCCAUGACUAAUGCUAACGUGAUUUCUUAUUCUAUAUACCAAAGAGAUGUUUGCUCUAGCACCAUCAUACAUUUCUAUCUGAACGUUGGCCAACGUUGUCCUGCUGAACGCGGCCCAGUUGAGCUCUUGAAAUGUUGUCCACAGUAGGGUGUUUUCACCAUCUUCUCUCUUGUGGCACCAAUGUGAGGGGUUAUGGCAGCUGAAACGGUGUUGCAGAAUAACAGAAUAAACUGCUAUUUAUUCUGUUACCAAUAAUAUUUGCAUGUUAAUAGUGUCUUCUGAUUUACAAUUAUUGGCUCAUCUUUUAACUAAAUGCAAUCUAUUAGCUUCCAAAAUGUAAGUAGGUAUAUCUAGCUGUCUGAUAACACAUUCUGAUGGAAUGGCUUGUCUUGCACAAGGUAAAAACCCAGAGUGCAUUGAGUGGAAUGUAAAAAAAAAAAAGAUCUUGGUUCCAUUCUGAAUAUAGCAAUGUGAAUGCAAAGAGGACUCGGACCACAAAAUUGUGAACUGGCAAAAUAGUUGAGUCCUCAUUCAAAGGCAAGGGCAGUGUGAAUACAAAGAGAACUGAGUUAUUUAGCUUCUUUUUUUUUUUUUUACCCCAGAGUUCACUUUAAAGAGGACUGAGAACGGUUAUUUUAAAGAGGACUAUAUUUUGGGCUCCCGAGUGGCGCAGUGGUCUAAGGCACUGCAUCUCAGUGCUAGAGGCGUCGUUACAGACCUGGGUUCGAUUCCAGGCUGUAUCACAAUCCAGCCAUGAUUGGGAGUCCCAUAGGGCGGCGCAUAAUUGGCCCAGCGUCGUCCGGGUUUGUCCGGGGUAGGCAGUCAUGGUAAAUAAGAAUUUGCUCUUAACUGACUUGCCUACUUAAGUAAAGGUACAAAAUAAAAAACACUCUAAGAUGCACACAUCUUUGUGUAUAUUGUAUGACAACAAACACAUUUAAAUUGAAAUGGCACAAUACAACAAAAUAUGUCCAUAGUUUCUAGGUUAUGACUGUUUUCUAGCUACUUUGUGAUUUACCGGUAGCUGCUGAAAAAAGACAGUCAGUUGCACUUACUAUGCAGGAAAUCUUCACCUUUUCGCUAUCUUUUUUCUAACAGCAAUUUCAGGUUGUAGCCACCGAAAAUGUGAACCCUAUAGCACUGGAAUCGAAUAUUGACGGUGCACUUACCACAGAAAAGCUGGAUGGCACCUGCUGCUAUGUUUCCAUUUAUAAAGGUGAGCUUUGAACUGCAUAAAUUAACAUUGCAGCCCACACAGGUGGGUCUUCAUUACAUUUACAUUUUAGUCAUUUAGCAGACGCUCUUAUCUAGAGCGACUUACAGUUUUAGUGAGUGCAUACAUUUUUCAUACUGGCCCCCCGUGGGAAACGAACCCACAACCCUGGCGUUGCAAGCACCAUGCUCUACCAACUGAGCUACAGGAGGCCCUUCAUGCCCUCUUUAUGGUUGAAAUGAAGCUCCCUCAUAUCAUAUCAAAUCAAAUUGUAUUUGUCACAUACACGUGUUUAGCAGCUGGUAUUGCAGGUGUAGCGAAAUGCUAGUGCUUCUAGCUCCGACAGUGCAGUAAAUGUCUAAACUGUAAAUGGUUUAUUUCUUUUACAGGGCAAUCAUAUCUCUGGGCUCGACUAGACCGGAAGCCCACCAAGCAGGCAGACAAGAGGUUCAAGAAGCAUCAGUAUUCCCACAAAAGUUGCAAAGGUUUCACCUGGAAUGUGAAAGAAGACUUUAAGAUGGUUCCAGAGUCUUGGGUCCCAGCACACAGAGUUCAGCACCACAAUGGACAGCCUGUACCAGAUGAGCACGGACACAUCCCAGGUGGGACACACUAAAUAAGGACACACUCUUUGAGCUGGUUUCCCGGACACAGAUUAGCCCUAGUCCUGGACUAAAAAGCCGGUCACUCACUCGCUUUUCACAAUUUGCUAUUUACUAACAGUAUGUCCUUUUAUAUGGGAACUAAAAUACUGAUGGUACUUUCUCAAUGUAUGUUCAGGUUGGGUUCCUGUGGAGAAAGACAACAAGCAGUACUGUUGGCACUCCUCUGUUGUGGACUAUGAUGCUGGGGUAGCGCUGGUUCUGAGGCCCAGUGCUGAGAAUGAAGACCUGCUAGAGAUCACCAUGAUACCACUGGCUGAUCUCCUGGAGCAAACCCUGGAGCUUAUUGGAACCAACGUCAAUGGGAACCCAUAUGGUAAAUGUGACAUACAGUCCAAGUCCUACACUGUACAUGUACACAUGCACUUCUGAACGUGGCCCCUUAGCAAGAGUAUCUAAAUAGUGUGUCGUUUCUGACAGGGAUGGGAAGUAAAAAGCAGCCUGUCCACGUCCUGGUUGCCCAUGGAAGUGUGCGCAUCAGGAACCCUCCCCCGGUGGACUACCAGCAGUUGUGUUCCUGGUUCCAAGACAAUCAGGAGGGCCGUGUUGAGGGGAUCGUCUGGCACUGUAAUGACGGGACCCUGGUCAAGGUAAGCGCUCUAGGGGCGCCUAUUAUGCAAUUAAAUUGAGACUUGGACUGUGGUAUGUCUUCAGUGUUCCCCCCUCUCUCAAUAUCAGCUAUAAUGUUGUCUUUUUGAUUAUGUCCUGAUUUUAGUAUUUGAUAUUUUUGAUUACUUAGCAUGUUGGCAUGGUUCCCUCAACUAUGAGAUUCAAUUUAGCUCAGGUUUUAUCGAUCAGUAAAAAAAAAAAAUAAGGGUGUUAUUUUGUUUACUCCAGAUCAGGAGCUUUGACAUUUUAAGUGGUAAAACCAGUGUGUGUGUGUUUGUUUUGGCUGUAGCUCCAUCGUCAUCACCUGGGGCUGAGAUGGCCGGACGGCGACACCAUCCUGAACGCUCGGCCUGUGGUCGUCCACGUCGACGGGACCAUACGAGAGUAUGACAUCACCAGCAAGGACUUGUUUACAUCUCUCUCCCAGUUAAACGGACAUCGCUUCAGCAGACUGCAGGACAUCCAGUUUGACCCUUAA